GGCUGCCUAUCAGACACAGCGAAGGGCUCUUUGGCCCUCUGAAGGCAAAGAGGAGACUUCCUGGUUGGCUGUGCGGGGUUCUGUUGUCCCACCGCCCGUAUAGCUUCCUUGACUAGAGGCCUUGUCGUCAGUCUUAAGCCAAAGGACGCACCCACACGACAAAACUUUAACAAUUCUCCGUCAGUACUUUGGCGUCGGUUACAGCGACAGCCCAAACGCGCAGCCCCGGGGAGCCGCUGGAUAUUGGCGCGAAUCACUGUCUCCCUCUCGUGCUGGAGGACCAGACGGAACCGCGAAGGGGAGACUAAUUUUCAGUGUCGUUCGCCUCAACCUCGUCAAGUCGCCAAACUAAUAGUUUGGAGUUAGUGAAAGUGUCGUUCAUAGGCGUGGAGACUGCGAGUAUGUGGUUGGAGCUUCUGGUGUUGUAGGAUGAGUCCGGCGCACCGCACCAGGGACAUAGAGCGGCAAGCUGGCUAUCUGAAGCCGGAGCACUGCGCCCCUCCACCGCCACGCACCACCGCAGGGACCAUGUGGUUCAUCCGCGAUGGCUGCGGCAUUGUGUGUGGCAUCAUCACCUGGCUCCUGGUUUUCUACGCCGAGUUUGUGGUGGUGUUUGUGGUGCUGAUGCCAGUGAAGAACGUGCCCUACAGCCUCUUCAAUGGUGUUCUCUUCAACGGCCUGGCCUUCCUAGCCCUCGCCUCUCAUGCCAGAGCCAUGUGCACAGAUCCGGGAGCCGUACCUAAAGGAAACGCGACUAAAGAAUUCAUCGAAAGCCUGCAGCUCAAACCUGGACAGGUGGUCUACAAAUGCCCCAAAUGCUGCAGCAUCAAACCCGAUAGAGCUCAUCACUGCAGUGUUUGUAAGCGGUGCAUCAAAAAGAUGGACCACCACUGUCCGUGGGUGAACAACUGUGUCGGGGAGAACAACCAGAAAUACUUUGUGCUCUUCACUAUGUACAUUGCUCUAAUAUCCUUACAUGCAUUAGUCAUGGUGGCGUUGCAUUUUGUCUUUUGCUUUGAAGAAGACUGGUCAAAGUGCAGUAACUUCUCUCCACCUGCCACUGUCAUCCUCCUCAUCCUCCUCUGCUUUGAAGGUCUCCUCUUUUUGAUCUUCACUGCAGUCAUGUUUGGAACUCAGGUCCACUCCAUCUGCUCAGAUGAGACGGGUAUUGAGCAGCUGAAAAAGGAGGAAAGACGAUGGGCCAAAAAGUCCAAAUGGAUGAACAUGAAGGUGGUUUUUGGUCACCCGUUCUCUGUGGCCUGGCUGAACCCGUUUGCAAAACCAGACCAUGGCAAAGCAGACAUCUACCAGUACAUUGUGUGAAAAAAAAAACUGAGGGGGUGUGGAUUUAGACUGACACGACCCAGUGUGGACCUCAGUCCUGUCAACACUCACUUAAACUUUUUCUUGUACUGAGACUUUAGGGUAUUCUGUCAAAAAACAACAAUCUUUUGGAUAAAAAACGGUCACCUACCUUACAUGCGAGGUUCACCGUGGUGCUGUCUGAGAUCAUGGAGGUUCUAACUCUUCCCAAACGGCGACUUCUUGAAAAGAGGCGCUUAAUAAGAUUUGGUGAAACCACAGCGGAGAGAAGAGACAACUUUUUUUUUUGCCUUGUCUUGUCUUGUGAAGUUCCUUCAACAUUUCUCGCUUUCAAAACUAAUCUAUGUGAACUGAAAACAUUUUUUUAUACUAAGCAGCACAGUUAAGGUUAGUUGUAUUUAUUUUCCUUGCACAUCAUCAUUGCUGUUAGUGAAAUCGUUCUUUUGCUGGAUGCUCAACCAUCGUCAUAUUAGAAAAAAGAAAAAAAAAACUAUUAAUUUGCCUUAAUGAGAGAGUCAGGGUGAGACUGAACCAAACUGGUUCACAAUUUUUUUAAAUGAACUUUUUUAACAUACAGAAAAAGGGGAAGAGUAGGGUUCAAAUGAAAUUUAUUGAAAUUGAAAAAGGAAAAUUAUAUUUUAGAAUCUCACUUUUUUUGCACGAUUCUAACCCUGGUAGUCGAGAAGAUUAGUUUGUUGUUUGUUUUAAUGUUAAUCUGGGGGAGAUUAAAUCUCACUUGAGUGAUUACAUCAAAAAACAUUUACCUGAAGGGUCAUGGUCUACAUGGCUAGGUUAAUAUCACGUUGAAUAGAACAGUUAUCAAGAAUAAAAUUAUAAAAAAUAAUCUAGUGAGGAGGAGCCUCAUUUUCCCAACGUUACAUUUGCCUUACGUUAAUGUAUGCCUGUAAAAAAUCAACGGUCACAACAUGAAGAAACAUUUUCUUAUUCAGGAGGAUGUUCUGCCAGUUGUGUUCAAAGGCUGUCAGACAUUUAUUAGCACCAGCAUCACCAGGCGCUGCAGUAAGAACCCUUGUGGAAUUUAAAAAGAAAGAGUUCUUGCUCCAGGUCUGCACAAAAACGAAGGAUGUGUGGUAUUUUCUAGGCCUUAAAACCAAUCAAAACCAUGUCGCCCUCUUUUAGGUGGUUGAUUGGGAGAGACUGAGACAGAGACGAUGCUGUACAAACACCAUGCAAAUGAGAUUUUAUAAAACUAUUUUGGUGCCAACGUGAGUGACAAACGUAUGGUAUUUUUUCACUGCUUCUCAUUAGAAAUGGCCUUAAGGGAAAUUAUUAAUGUGAAGCAAGAGCUGGUGUUUUUAUAAGUUUAAACUUUAGGUAAAAUGUUAAAAAUCUAUUUUCCACCAAUCACUGAUGUCACUGCUGUUUGACCAACCCUGGAGCCUUUACUGCCUUGGUUGAGUUUGGUUCAGUGUAAAUCCUGAUGGAACAAACAGUUUUGGUUCUGUUCAGAAAGUUGGUCUCUGGAAGUUUUAUGUGUAGACGCUAAACUGCAAAUUUUACACAAAUUUUACACAAAUACAUGUUUGUCCCAAUCAUAUAUGUUUGUAGGUAGUUUGAAUCCAGGUCAGAUGAUCGAUCUCACAAUCAUUUUUUUCUUCUUUAUUUAAUUCCUUGAGUUUGUUUGUUAUAUGAAGACAAACUUACUUUACUUAACUAGUACCAGUCACUUCUUAACUAGCACCAGCUCAGACGUUAAGUCAGGCAAUAAAGAAUGCGUUAUUCUGAUGUUACUUGCAUUUGAUUAUGUUUGUCAAAGUAUAUAUGUUUAAAAGUCUGUAAAAGUGUUAAAAAUAAUUUACUGUAUGAUUUUUUCACUUUGAAGUAAACACUAGGACAGAAGGUUGGGUUUUAUCUGUGGAUGAUAGAGAGGAAAACAAACCACUUCAGCUCAAGAGCCUUAAAACUGUAGUUAGGAUGAUGUUGAAGUACAUGUUGCCAGACCGAGUGCUUACACAGAGGCCGGGAAGUAACCAUUUCAAGUUCAGACAAUGCAGUGACGGGAAUAAUGUUUUCUUAAAAAAAAAAAAAAUUUAAAAAAAGGA